GAGAGGCCAGUGCCCUUGGACAUGCCUCUCGAGAUGGCGGACACCACCACCCUGGCAAAGGAUCUGCGCAGCCUGCUGAGGGAGGCCCCGGCCUGGCCCUGCACCCCCCUGCCUCUGCCACUCAUCCUCCCUGCCCUAACACCACCAGGCCUCUCAGACAAGGCCCAGGCCCAGAUAACUACCAUGAAUAUCCAGCUGGGCGACCGCGUGGUCAUUGCUGGUCAGAAGGGAUCCUUGCCCCCCUUUCCAAGAUCAACAAACCCUCUGAAUGAUGUAAAGCCCUACGGCUCCCUCAGCGCGACAUAUCGCGCGUCACCUCCAAAAUCAACACGGGGUUCUGGCUGGGGAUCGAGCUGGACAAGCCCAGCAGAAAGAACAAAGGCUUGAACUACUUCAGCAAACACGGUGUCCUCGCUCCAUUCGGUGUGCAGAGAUGGGUACAUAAUUGUACUGAUUUGUAAACUACAAACAAACACA